CUUCUAAACUGCAGAUGAAUUCACCCGUAUUAAACAACUUCCAUAAAAACGCGAAAUUGGUUACUUAAUGUUAUUCCAUUUCUAAACUGAUAUACAAAAUAUUUAUCGAUAUACAGUACGAUUGCCGGUUACGCACUUGACGAGAAGAUGCGCCCAUUGUGCUUAUAUCCCAACCUUAUUCCUAAAGUACGGAAUGCCUCGACACAGGCUUCCAGACGACGUGUGGUCAUUACUGGAAGCGGUGCCGUCACACCCUUGGCCAACAAUGUACAGGAAUCGUGGAACCGUAUUUUGGCCGGUGAAUCGGCAAUUUCACGUCUGGGACCGGAAUUUAAAGGACUACCUUGUCAGGUUGCUGCCCAAAUCUGCCGGGAAUCUUUGCAAUUGGACAAAAAGCUGACCAAAACGGAUAUUAAGCUAAUGAGUCCAGCAACUCAACUGGCUGUCCUCGCCGCAGACGAAGCUCUGGCCGCGGGGCAAUUAAGUCCCAGUAAAUUAACUGCUGAGCAGCGGGAACGCUUCGGUGUUUGUGUCGGCAUGGGAAUGUUUGACUUGUCCGAGGUCUAUGGUACCUGGCAGCAAUUGCAGCGAGGCUACAACCGCGUCAGUCCCUACUUUGUGCCAAGACUAUUGCCCAACAUGGCGUGUGGGCACAUAAGCAUGCGUCAUGGUUUGCAAGGACCCAACCAUUGCGUUUCCACAGCAUGUGCAACGGGAGCGCAUGCCAUUGGUGAUGCCUUACGAUUCAUACGCAAUGGAGACGCAGAUGUCAUGCUGGCUGGUAGCGGCGAGGCUUGUAUAGAUCCCCUAUCGAUAGCCGGUUUCUGCAGAUUACGUGCCUUAAGUACGGCCUUUAAUGAUAACCCAGCUGUGGCCUCGCGACCUUUUGACAAAUCACGCGAUGGUUUUGUAAUGGGCGAAGGGGCAGCUGUCUUGCUGCUCGAAGAGUUGGAGCAUGCGCGAUCACGUGGAGCACCGAUCUUAGCCGAGCUACUCGGUUAUGGCUUGUCUGGCGAUGCACAUCAUAUCACCUCGCCCAGCGAAGAUGGCGCUGGUGCCACAUUAGCCAUGAAACGAGCAAUUAAGGAUGCCAAUAUUUCACCAGAGGAAAUAACUUAUGUGAAUGCACAUGCUACAUCCACGCCAACUGGAGACCGCAUUGAAUCCCAUGCUAUUGGACGAGUAUUUGGCGAGCAUACCCCAAAUGUUCGGGUCUCUUCAACUAAGGGCGCCCAUGGACAUCUGCUGGGAUCGUCUGGCAAUCUGGAGGCUCUAUUUGUGGUGCAUGCAUGUGCCGAAAAUAAACUGCCGCCAUCAAUUAACAUCGAACAGCUGGAUGUAGAUGUCAACGUAGUAACUAAGACUUCCAACUGGCUACAAAAUGGUCGCCGCAUAGCCCUUAAGAACUCCUUUGGUUUUGGCGGCACAAAUGCCUCGCUGUGCAUUGCCAGUUAUACCUAAAACUAAUCUGGAAAUCAUCUGCCCACAUCGUGUCCCUACUAAUUGUUAUACCUAAAUAGACCAAAUAAAUUGUUACACUCUUUGCUUAUUUUUAGGAAAAA